AUGUCCCAGCAACGCGAACCGUAUUCUCCUCCUCACACUCCUCCCGCCCAGACCGCAAGGUACAAGCCCAAGCGCGGAUACUCAGCUCGACCGUCCAUUCGCGAUGCCUUCCCAGACGCCAUGGAGAACCCACGGACCAGCGAAUCUGGGGAUGAUCGCGACCCGCACGACUUGUCUCUAUCGCCGCAACAUGCGGCACGAACGUCUAUCGUGGAUAACAUGCUGCUGUCGCUCGAUCAGUUCGCCCCGACCUCAUCCGUGCUAGAUGACUACCGUCUGUUCAAUUCCGCGUUCGAGAACGACCACGGCCAAUUUUCCCAAGAACCGACCCAGGGCCGGUACCGGGGCCAUACAUUCUCCUCAUCGAUGUCUUCGGAGCCAGAGUAUGGGUACGAAGAUGGGAGUGGCCGCUAUGCGACCAUCUCAGCCACCAAAGGCCGGCGCAGCAACAGCAAUUCGACCUACCAAACGGCACCGAGACAAGCGGGAAGCUCGCGUGGCGGAGAUGCCAUCAGCUCGCGCGGAAUCGGAACGAUGCCGCGAACAAACGCCCGCAAAGGGAGCAAAGGGAGCACAUCGUCCACCGCAGAUUAUUCUUAUACCAUCCCGAGAGCACGAACGGACCAGGGCUUGGAUCGACGCUCUGCGAGCUUCGACUGCGGGCCCAAGCGAGCAUUCGCACCUUACGACAAUGUGAACAUGGAUCAGGACACAGCCAUGUAUGAUGAUCAAGAUGCCGCACCCACCCCGAGUAUUCCAGCGGGACCACGGAAGGUUGUCGACUAUCAGGGGUCCUUGAACUCGGGGCCAUCACGAGCGCCAUUACCACCGAAAUCGGCACAGGCACCCCAAGUCCGAAAAUCCCGCCCUGACAACAUCAGCACCGAGGCGACAAGAGUCCAGGAGAAUGACUUCCAUAACAUGGGUGACACGGAUUUGGAUCCUCCGCCGCCCAUGCCGGGGUCGUUUGAUCCUCCCGCACCGAGUCCCACUAUCUCAUACAACAAGCCAGCCUUUCCGCCCCCAGAGCCGACAACGAACACUACCAUUUCAACAAAUAUAUCUACUCCCAACCCUGCACCAAGCACCAAGGAACGGCCAGGAUUCUUCCGGCGCGUUUUUGGAUCCAAAAAUCCGGCUCCUGGGCCUGCGCCUGCUCCUCAGGAGACCCCAAAUUAUAGCCCAAGCGAGUUAGCGUACCUACAAGAAACCGCGGUCAAAGAGGCCACUGCAGUGGCCGCCAGUUACACGGCACGAUCUCAACAAAAUACCCAGACCCCCGCAGGAAGCUCUCCAGCCUCGGUUCGCACAGGACCUCACCAGGUCGUGAACAAGAAAUCUUCAUUCUUCCGCAGGAGGAAGAGAUCCGUGGCGGAUCAUGUCCCUCCGCCAAUCGUAAUUCCACAGCACCUCGCGCCGCAAACCUUGGAUAAUAUGAAGCCGGAGCCAAGCCCAGUGAGUAGCCUGCGCCAGGUCAUGAAUCCAUACCUCGACGAAGAUGUAGAUCAAAAAGAGACUGCAGACUGGGAAGCUAAGAUUCGACAGCCUGCCUUCCUGCAGGCACAGCAGAAGCGAGAAAGUGUUUCGGCUCCAGGGGCUCCUCCCAAAGCUAGGACUUCACUGCAGCCAUCGACUUCUCGUCCCCAAGAGCGUUCAACGCUUGCAGAGAAUCGUGAUACACCUGCAAAGGCUGGAGCAUCGACGGAGACUGUGCUGCAGGAGAAGCUCCAAAACGCUGCCCAGUCGGCUGCGCUGUCGCCGGUGGAGGAGAACUUCUCACGGGGCAUUAAAUCCCAGGCCGAAGUGCCCUCCGCUGGCUUGGCCAAGCUGACAAUUCCAUCCGACGAUGUUCCUUGCGAGUCCCCCGUUGACUCUGUCUCAACAGCCUCACACUAUCACACGGCGGCGAACACUCCGCAUAUCGAGCAAGAGGAGCCCAAGCCAACCAUCAAAGCUGAUGACCAAAUCGAUGGGCCUGGCGACGCGGUUGAAGACGGGCCCACAGCCACUGACCGAGAUCAAGCCCAAAGGCUCUUUGAUAGCCAGGACGAGGUUGUGGGCAAUGAGCCCGCUGCGGCUUGGCUCGGUGAUCCCGAUCGGGCAUCGAUCCGUGAAGCGUACAUGCGACUGUUCAAUUGGUCUAAUCUCAACAUUGUGGCCUCCCUGCGAUCACUCUGUGAUCGUCUGGUUCUCAAAGGAGAAACUCAACAGGUUGAUCGAGUGCUGGAUGCCUUCUCUACCAGAUGGUGUGAUUGUAACCCGAGCCAUGGGUUCAAAGCCACCGACGUUGUGCACACCAUCUGUUAUUCCAUCCUUCUGCUGAACACCGACUUGCACUUGGCUGACAUUGAGUCGAAAAUGACCAAGUCUCAAUUUGUCCGAAACACCAUGCCCACUAUCCAUCGAGUUGCGAUGGAUGCCGCUCCCGAAGGCUUCGAGACUCUACGCCCAGUCAACCGUUCGAAGACGCAGUCUCAGGAGGCAACCUCCGCCCCUACAUCAGCACGCUCUGCAACCUUCCCACAAGAGGCCACGCGGUCCUCAUUGGACAAAGACAGCGAGUCCAAUGUGGAUGCCGGCCCUUUGGUCAACACGCCAUUCGUUGGAACUGUGAGGGCCUGGGAGCAGCAAGUCGAGGCCGUCCUCAAAGAAUUCUAUACAUCCAUCCAGAAGGAAAGACUCCCCCUCUUUGGUGCCCAGCCAGAACGAGAAGUCUCCCGUAUGUCAUCAAACAACUUCCUGGGUCCCUCGAGCAGUACACUUCGCAGAAGUCCAAGCACCAUCAGCAAGAGCGGCUCUGAUAUCUUCCCUCGUGGUCGCUCUGCCAACUCUAGCCACGGAGCUGCGCGGUGGUCUUCCAAGCCUCGUUCGCGGGCAGGGAGAUUGUACCCACCUUCUAUGAUGGGCUCCAGUCGUACUAGCCUCGACGAUCAGUCCUCUGUUUGGAGUCCCACUGGUUCCAGCACCUGGAGCAAAUAUUCAUUGGGCAAAUUCACAUCAGCUUCAGUGGACUCUUUUGGCUCAGACUUCCCUCGUGGCGAAUAUCAACAGUCCAUCGGUUUUGCCAAUGCCCUCAGCCAGGCUAUCAUUCGCGAGGACUCUGCUACUUCGGUAUAUAGCUAUGAGGAGCCCGAGCGAACCACUCCACUUCUGGAGGAUGAUACAUUAGCUCUGGCCGGAGCGCCGUGGGCCAAGGAAGGAAGUGUGAAGCACAAGCACCACCUAGAUGCGGUCGAUAAACGCGCCAAGGAUCGCAACUGGAAUGACUGCUUCGCUGUUAUCCAACAAGGCUGGAUGCGGCUCUUCUCAUUCAACAACUCCACCAAAUCCAUGCGGCAGAAGUCCAAACAGCGUGGAGGUGUUGUUGUGGGCGGCGGUAACUGGACUGAGAAUGCUGAUGAGCUUUGGAAGUUUAUGCUGCGCCAGACCAUUGCGAGCGCCUUGCCCUCGCCCGGAUACUCCAAGUCUCGCCCUCAUGUCUGGGCCUUGAGUUUGCCGACCGGGGCAGUCCACCUCUUCCAGGCCGGAACACCUGAAAUUGUCCGCGAAUUUGUUUCAACAGCCAACUACUGGAGUGCACGCCUAUCCAAACAGCCGCUCGUGGGAGGCAUCAGUAACAUUGAAUACGGAUGGAGCGAUUCUGUCAUUAACAGUGCCUUGAUUGGUGGUGGUGAAAGUCGAUCACCGCCGCCGUCAUCUGGCGCGAGACCCAGUAUCCAGAGCUCCAUCCGAAGCUCCAUGGAUCAGCAGGGCAUGCGACCCCGACUCCCGGCAGAUCGGGUGAAUAUCAGUGACUGGAGCCCACCACAGCAGAGCAUGGUCGCCUCCAACCUGAACGAGGAGGACCAACUGAAGGCACUGCAGGACUAUGUGAAGAACGUGGAGGACGACCUUUCGCGACACAACGAGCUGCGUUCUGCAAUGAACCUGGCAUUCUCCCCGCGUCAUCCCAAUGCUGCCAAGGCAAUGGCAAAUUGGGAGCGCAAGUCGUCAUAUCUUUUGCGGGAAAUUGUCAAAUUCCGCACAUAUAUUGACUCUUUGCGUAAUGCUAUCGGCUCCAAACAGAAGAUCUUUGCUUCUGCCAGUCCUGAGAAAGACGAUGAAGUGUCUGCAGAGCCUGCAGAGACUGUUGCUGCGUGA